AACAACUUGGAUAUGAACCCAAACUCGCUCACCAAAUUUUUGACUAAAAAGCGAAGCGAACUCCCAGUAAGAUAUGUAUGUACAUGGCCUUGUAGGUUCCACAAAAUCAACAACAACAUCAAUCUCUUUCUCCACAGGAAUCUUCACAAAAAACAACAAAGAAUUUCUUCCAGUUCUACACCUUGCAACCUAAUUUGCAAUCGAAACAACAAGCAAAAAUGUGUAAAAGCAAUGAGUUUGUAUAGCUACUUCUAAUGGAACAGAUGUCUGCAACGCAAACUAGUAAGUUGCAUGCAUAAUGGCUAGACAACGGAUCCAUUGUUAUCCAUGCAGCGUCAUGGCCGGUGGGAGAAACGGACGCCCUGCUAUGGCGGUCGCCGACUGAGGACCUCUUGGAUUGUCCACCAUUUACCACACGUCCACACCAGCGCAUACGCCCCUGGCCAACAUCGAGAAGGGUGGCCCCGUGGCUGCACCGGCCGAGGGCGCGAAGGCGUCAUGGCCGGCGGAAGAACCGGUGUGAUGGGCAGCCUGCUGCGGGGGUCGCAGAUCGAAAACCUCCUGGACCCGCCGCCAUUUCUGAGUUGACGGAGGGCAACAGAUUCGCGUUCCCGAAACUUACGGCUGUGUUUUGUAGGGGGCUCCAGGUGGUGGACCACACUGGCACUACGCCGACCUUUUAAGAGGUAGUGGAUGCCGCUCCGGCCCACGGCGGCAUGGCAGUGACGUUUGGGGGGGUGGGAGGGGGUGAAGCUGUUGGCAGCGGCUGGAGCCGCCGCUGUGACAACGCUUGGGGGCGGGGGAGGAGGUGGCGUUGACUCCAAUCGAGUCCCUGGCAGCGUCCCGAACAGGCAGUGGCGACGAUAGGGGUCGUCGCGGAGAGGAAUAUGCAUAGGAGUAGGUUUUUUUUACCGUCAUCAACUCAUCUUGGCUCUGGAACCAUCUUGACUUGUCGCGACAGCUGCGGCAAGAGAAGGUAGUGAGGGCUUACGGUCAUUGGAAGACGACCCGUUGAUCAGAAAUCCCACGCGUGAAAACAUUUUAGGUGACGUGGACACUGCGAGAGAGUCCGUUUUGUACCAGCCUUCAUAUAUAGGAAAUUUCAUAUAUAGGAAAUGUUUGAGCGGAAAGGAAAUGAAAGAUAUAUUUGCAGAAAAGCCCCAGUUCAAGUUCGACAGCCGAAGAAAAGGGUCUCGGCGGGUUUUUCUUUUUGCAAGUUUUGAGAGCGGCAAAGCGUUAGGCGUUAGGGCAUCCACCUCGUCGUAGGCGGCGGUCUCCAUGUCGACCGCAUCCGGCAACGGCAACGGCGGCUCCUCCUCUUCCAUGUUAUACGACUUGUACGGCCCUAAUAGCAAAUUUGUGCAAACGAAUGUAUGGAUGUGAAGCAAUGCUGAUAGGUUGUGAAACUAUGAGGGCUUACUUGAUUGAUCCAUUGAUGCGCCUUGAGCUGACCCGACAUUUUUCAAGUAGCAAAGUGGGACUCCUCUUGUUCGAAUUGUAAAGUGAUACAGUAAUGCUAUCCAUAUUGUGUUCAGACAUCAGAGCCUGCUCAUCAACUUAGGGAUCACUCAUCAAAUUAGGGACACUCGAAGUUCAAUCCAAAAUCACUUGUACUAGAGCUAUGGACAUGGCAUAAUAAUUGACUAUUUGGCAAAGCCUGAUGUGGUUUUUAAGGAGGCUGCUUUAAACUCUACGUUAAAUCUGCAGGAUGUUCAGGGUCUAGUUACUUGGGUUAUUGGUGAUGGCAUGCUGCCUUCUUGGGUGUUUGUUAAGAACAAACCUCUUAUACCCAAAGUUGUCCUACUAUAUGUUCCUGGCCUUGAUGCAACUUUAUAUAUGUCACACACUCGACUUCUUUCUUCUCUGAAAGAAUUAUGUGGCAAUCCAAAACCUGUUUUAGCUUCAAGCCGUAUGCCGGAUGAGAGGCACACCAUUGAUGCGCUCCUAACCUGCAGAGUAAAGAGAAAGCGUGAUGUAAAAACAUCAAAUGAGUCAUCUAAACCUGACAUAGAUGGAAAACUAUCAAGUCUGGAUGAUCUUGGGGACAUACCAUUCCCUGUUACAUAUUACACUCUCUCAGAGAAAGACUUGGAAGAUAAUGGCUACUCUUUCAAUUUACCAGGUUUUGUCCCUACUGUUUCAGCUCCUUCAGGUUCCUCGCCACAUAAAGUUCUUGCACUUGAUUGUGAAAUGUGUGUGACAAAAGCUGGAUUUGAGCUCACAAGAGUGACAUUAAUUGAUAUUAAAGGAUUGGUGGUGCUAGAUAGACUAGUUAAGCCUGCUAAUUCAAUCAUUGAUUACAAUACAAGGUUCAGUGGAAUCACUGCUGAGAUGUUGGCUGACGUGUCCACAACCCUGCAGGAAAUUCAGGAAGAGUUUGUUGGACUUGUAUAUAAAGAAACAAUUCUUGUUGGGCAUUCCUUGGAAAAUGACCUUAUGGCAUUACAGAUAUCCCAUGGUUUAAUCAUCGAUACAGCUGUUUUGUACAAGUAUAAGCGAGGGUCUCGCUGUAAGAUUGCUUUGCGUGUCUUGACGAGAAAGUUUCUCGGCCGGGAGAUCCAGAACACAGGAUCUGGACAUGACAGUGUGGAAGAUGCUAAAGCUGCUCUAGAACUUGCUAUAUUGAAAAUCAAACAUGGUCCUGAUUUUGGUUUUCAACCAUCGUUGUCAAGGCAGAAAUUGACAUCUAUACUGCAUGAGAGUGGGAAAAAAUGCUCCCUUGUUGAUGAUGUAUCUGUUCUCGAGCGGUAUUCAGAUACUUCUUGCAAUUCAAUUGCUGUUUUUUGUGAUGAUGAUGCCCUCUCCAGAUCAAUGAAGGAGGUGAAGAAUAACAAAGUCACCUUCAUUUGGACUCAGUUCUCAGGAUUGAUUUCUUACUUCCACCGAAGAGCUCAAGAUCCAGAAAAGUUGAAAUCAUGUGUCGCAGAGGCUAUUGCAUUAAAAACAUGUGAUGGAAAAACUGCUUCAAAAGAAGCAAGAAGUAAAAUUUGUCCUGAAUUAAAGGAAAUUCUGUGUGGAUUGGAUAAAAAGAUAAAGAAAUUAUAUGGUGCCCUGCCCGAGAAUGCUAUGCUUAUUGUAUGCACUGGCCAUGGUGAUACUCCUCUAGUACAAAGAUUACGGAAAAUGCUUCACCAUGAAGAAGAAACAAUAGACAGCCGAGAAACUAUUGUUCAAGCUUUGGGAGAUUUACAAGCCCAAGCCGAAGUUGCUCUAUGCUUCUGCUGCGUCAAACGUUAACUGCAUCUUUGAAUUAGUGUGCUGAUGGGUAUGGCUUCGGCGAUUAUAGGAGGGUGUCAGGCAUGCAUGCUGACCCGCUGAUGUGAAAAGUUCCGGCAGGCAGAGAUUGAAUUUUGGAAGCUAUUCUCAUGCUGUCUUUUUUUUCUUUUUUCUGUCAGAUACUAUGAUCAGGCUGUAGAUGUCAGCGUAAGGCAUAGUGAUGCAUUAUCAGAACUGGUCUUUCGGUAGCAGGCCAGCAUGUCAGCAUAUUAAUAGGAUCAUUUUUCAGAUGAAUAUACGGAUCGCAGAGGAAUGUAGGAAACUAUUGUAACAGCCAUAUUAUUGUGAUAAUUAAAACCAAGUUCUGGAAUCGAUGAUACUACGAGGCUUGCCAUUUA